GGGCGCUUCUUAUUCGGCUUCACCAACGAAGACCGGGUCAGGGAGCUGGGGACGACCUUCGGCUGCCUGGUGUCCAUGGAGGUCAAGUGCGAGCUGCUGCUUUGCACAGCGAGGUCCCGUGAGAGUUGAGCCGUCUUGUCAGAGAUGAUGAGGGAGACCCUGGGCCGUCUCUACGAAUCGCAGGAGGAAACGCUGGUGAAGGAAGCGAUGGCACAGGUCACCGAAGUGUCGCUGCACCUGAAAGACGCCCCGGACCUCGAGCACGCGUCCUUCUGCCUCAAGCACUGCGAAAACCUGCGGACACUGCGUCUGCGCGUGGAAAAGGGCGUGUUCCUGGACGUCGACAGUGCGUCAAAGUCCGACAGGCCACAGUAUGACCAUCUCUCUCUCCAUCUUUGGAUGGAUUUCUGCUCGGUGUUCAGUUCAAACAAGAGCCUAUGCUUUUUGGAUGUGAGCCAAAGCUUCUUGAGUCCCUCCUCCGUGAGGAUUCUUUGUGAGCAAAUCACCCGUGUCACCUGUCAUCUCCAGAAAGUGGUGAUUAGAAAUGUGUCCCCUGCUGACGCCUAUCGGGACUUGUGUCUAGCUUUCAAUAGUAGGAAGACUCUGACAUACCUGGUCCUGGAAGGUGGUGUCCGCAAUGACAAGCUGCUGCUGCUGCUGCAGCUGCUGAAACACUCCACAUGUAAUCUGCAGUAUCUGAGGUUGGGUGCUGUGUCUUGUUCUGACACCACUCAACAGUGGGCUGAUUUCUCCUUGGCCCUUGAAGCCAACCGGUCCCUGAAAUGCCUGGAUAUCACAGCCAGUGAGCUCCUGGAUGAAAGUGCCAGGGUGCUGUGCACGACUCUGAGACACCCCAAGUGCUUCCUGCAGAGGCUGUUGUUAGAAAACUGUCGCCUUACAGAAGCCUGUUGCAAGGAGCUCUCUUCUGCUUUGAUCGUCAACCAGAGGCUGACGCACCUGUGCUUGGCCAACAGCAACCUUGGGGAUGGUGGGGUAAAACUUUUAUGUGAGGGUCUGAGUCACCCUGACUGUCAGCUACAGAACCUGGUGUUAUCACAUUCCAACAUAACCAGACGUGGCUGCAGACGUCUCUCAAAGCUUCUCCAGGAAGACUCCGGCUUAACGAACCUGGAUCUGGGGCUCAACCCCAUAGCUACUGGAUCGUGGUAUCUCUGCGAGGCCUUGCAGAAGACAAAUUGUAACCUAAGAUGUCUAGGGCUCUGUGGCUGCUCCAUUACCUCUUCCUGUUGUCAGAGUCUUGUAUCUGUGCUUCUCAGCGCUCAGAGGCUGGAAACUCUGGACCUGGGCCAGAAUAUCUUGGGGCAGUGUGGAAUAACUGUGCUCUUUGAGGCUUUAAAACAGAAUAACGGCCCCUUAAAGAUACUCAGGUUGGAGAUGGUUGAAUCUAUCAUGGAAAUCUAGAAGCUAUUGAAGGAUGUAAAAGACAGCAAUCCAAACCUGACCAUUGAAUGCAGUGAUGCCAGAGUCACCAGAUCCCCACGGUGUGACUUUCUGUCUUUAAUACCCUGA